AUGAACUUCCUCCGCCGACGCCUGUCCGACAGCAGCUUCAUUGCCAACCUACCCAAUGGCUACAUGACAGACCUCCAGAGGCCGGACCCCCCUCCACCUCCGCCUCCCACAGCGGCCACGGCCGGUCCUCAGGGUCCAGCCUCGGGACCGGCCAAGUCCCCCUCUGCCUCUCCAGCGCCCGAGCGCAGACCCCAGCCAGCCCAAUCCAGUGGAACUGGCUUCUUUAGCUCCAUCACCAACGUGGUGAAGCAAACAGCUGCCUCAGCUGGCCUCGUGGAACAGACCCCCGUACCUGUUCAAAAGAAGUUCAAGAUCCUCCUGGUUAUUGAUGAGCCUCAACAUGAAUGGGCCAAAGUGUUCCGUGGAAAGAAGCUCCAAGGAGAUUAUGACAUCAAAGUCGAGCAGGCUGAAUUCUCAGAGGUCAACCUUGUUGCACAUGUUAAUGGAACCUGCAAUGUGGACAUGCAAGUGAUCAGAAAUGGAACUAAAGUAGUGCGGUCAUUCAAGCCUGACUUCGUCCUGAUUCGACAGCAUGCCUUCAGCAUGGCGCAGAAUGAGGAUUUCCGCAAUAUGAUCAUAGGUCUUCAGUAUGCAGGAAUCCCCAGUGUCAACUCUCUGGAGUCCAUCUACAAUCUCUGUGACAAACCAUGGGCGUUUGCUCAGCUAAUAAAUGCCUAUAAGAAACUGGGGCCUGAAAAAUUCCCUCUCAUCCAGCAGACGUUCUACCCAAACUACAAGGACAUGAUUUCCAUGCCCACAUUCCCAGUGGUUGUUAAAAUUGGACAUGCCCAUUCUGGUAUGGGAAAGGUGAAAGUUGAGAAUCACAGUGAUUUUCAAGACAUCGCCAGUGUUGUUGCUAUCACCCAGACUUACACCACCACAGAACCCUUUAUUGAUGCCAAGUAUGAUAUCAGAGUCCAAAAAAUUGGUAGUGAUUACAAAGCAUACAUGAGGACGUCCAUUUCUGGGAACUGGAAGACAAACACAGGCUCUGCCAUGCUGGAGCAAGUGGCAAUGACAGACAAGUAUAAAUUAUGGGUAGACACCUGCUCUGAAAUCUUUGGUGGUCUUGAUAUCUGUGCAGUUAAAGCCAUUAACGGCAAGGAUGGGAAAGACUACAUUACCGAGGUGGUGGGUUCAUCCAUGCAGCUGAUUGGAGAACACCAGGCUGAGGACAGACAGCUCAUUGCUGAAAUAGUUUUGGCCAAAAUGAAUCAGGCUGUGUCUCAGGCACCUGCUCGUUCCCCUCAAAGACCACCUACCACUGUCCAGCCACCACAGAGCACCACAGCAAAGGAGGGCCCAACUGACCCCAACAAGAUCCCAGGCCAGCGUCCUCCCCCACAAGGGGCCCCAGUGCAACCCCAAGAAUCGCAAAAUAAGACUCCAGAACCUCCUUCAGAACCAGCCCCCAGUGCACCUGCCCCGGAACCGGUGCCCAAGGCAGCUCCCUCCCCUGUGCCUAAGGCAGCUCCUGCUCCCACCACACAGCAACCCAAGCCCCAGGUUCAGGCGACAGCUGUGCCUACACCAGGAAAACCAAUGGAACUGCCCCCAAAACCGCAACCUGCCAAGCCACUUCCCCCUAAACCUGUGCCUCCAGUUCGCCGAAACUCCAAACCGCAGCUCCAACCAAAGCCCCAGACCCCUCCUCUGGCUAAGAUGCAUCCGAAGGUCCAGCCUGAGGCCACAGGUCAGGCCCCAGUGCAGGGUCAAGCACAGGCUGAUUCAGGCUCAGCACAGCCCCAGUCCCCUGCUAAGCCUCCUCUGCAGCCUAAGCCCAUACUCAAAGAUGCCCCACCGCAAACUGAGGUUCCAGCUCAGACCACAGCCCCUGCAGAAGCAGCACCUUCAGCCCCUUCUCCAGCCCCAGCUCCCACUAAAGCCCCUGCUCCUGCCCCAGCUCCUGCUCCUGCCCCUGCUCCUGCCCCUGCUCCUGCCCCUGCUCCUGCCCAACCUCCCCCUGAAGAACAGCCUCCACCUCAACAGAAGUCAACCCAUCCACUUCUAAAUAAAUCCCAGUCCCUGACCAAUGCCUUCAAUGCCUUUGGUGAGACAUUCCGCUCUAGCAACGAGGACGAGGCCAAGGCAGAAACUAUUCGAAACUUGAGGAAGUCUUUCGCUAGCCUGUUCUCUGACUAGUGGCUGGUCUAUGGGCCAAAAGGGUGGCCGUCGAUGACUUUACUGAAAUCAGUGUAUCUCUAUCUGAGGUUAACCCUCUGCAGCUGUAUACAUUAUACCAU